CUCCCUUUCUAUGGCUUGUGGUGUUGUUUGGGUUGACGGAAUUCCUUUUUCCCUUGUGUGUGAAAUUAUAUAAAGUCUUGGAGAAUGCCCAGUUUGCCAGUUGGGAUUGUUCUGUUGUUGCUUCCCAGUACUUUGCAAGACAGCUGUGACUCCAAGCAGUUUUAUACAGGUUGAGAAGAGAUGUCUGACGAGAAGGUUAACCCUGCGGCUGUUGGUGUUAGAACCAAGGGUGGUAACUCUGCGUUCCACAACUACCUGAACGACUUUGCCGACGUUGAGGACCCUCUGGAGAGAAGAAGACUGGCGCUGGAGAAGAUUGACCAGGCGUCGUUUGGCUGGUACCAUGUGAGAGCCAUCACCGUUGCCGGUGUUGGUUUCCUGACAGAUGCGUACGAUAUCUUUGCCAUUAACCUGGGUUUGUCGAUGAUGUCGCACGUUUUCUGGGAGAACGGUAACGUGCCAUCGUCCACGAGUACCCUGAUCAAGGUGUCGACCUCUGUUGGUACUGUUAUUGGCCAGCUUGGAUUCGGUUUCCUUGCUGAUUACGUUGGUCGUAAGAGAAUCUACGGUACCGAGCUGAUUGUGAUGAUCUGUGCCACCAUUGGCCAGUGUUGCCUUGGUGAGUCCCCAGCCAUCAACUUCACUGCUAUCCUUACUUUCUUCAGAAUUGUCCAAGGUAUUGGUAUUGGUGGUGAUUACCCAAUGUCCUCUGUUAUCUCUUCAGAGUUUGCCACCACCAAGUGGAGAGGUGCCAUUAUGGGUGCCGUGUUUGCCAACCAAGGUUGGGGUCAGUUGAUGGCUGGUAUCGUUGCCUUGAUCUGUGUUGCAGGUUACAAGAACGAUCUGAUCGAUGCCAACACGUCUGCCGAGUGUGGCCACAGUUGUCAAAGAGCGUGCGAUGCCAUGUGGCGUAUUGUUGUUGGUUUUGGCUGUGUUCCAGGCUGUGUCGCAUUGUACUUCAGAUUGACCAUCCCAGAAUCCCCAAGAUACACCUUGGAUGUUGAGUACGAUAUCGAGAAGGGUGUUGCCGAUGGUGGUAAGUUCUCCUCUGGUAUGCGUGGUAACGCUGACGAUUCUGAUGUCCAACAGUUGAGAGUCACCGAGAGAACCACUGCAGAGAUCAUCCAGCCACCAAAGGCCUCCUUUGGUGAUUUCAGACGCCAUUUCGGCCAAUGGAAGCACUUUAAGAUUCUUUUGGGUACUGCUGGUUGUUGGUUCAUGCUUGAUGUUGCCUACUACGGUCUUGGUUUGAACACUGCUACUAUUUUGCAAACUAUUGGUUACGCCUCUUCGAAGAACGUUUACCACUCUCUUUACAACCAAGCUGCCGGUAACUUGAUUUUGAUUUGUGCCGGUUCCAUCCCAGGUUACUGGUUCUCUGUUGCUACUAUCGAUUUCGUCGGUAGAAAGCCAAUCCAGUACAUGGGUUUCUUCCUCUUGACCGUUAUCCUCUGUAUCAUUGGUUUCGCUUACCACAAGGUUGGUGAGCACGGUUUGCUUGCUCUCUACGUUCUUGCCCAAUUCUUCCAGAACUUUGGUCCAAACACAACCACCUUCAUCGUGCCAGGUGAGUGUUACCCAACCAGAUACAGAUCCACAGCCCACGGUAUCUCUGCUGCCUGUGGUAAAGUUGGUGCUAUCAUUGCCCAAACUGCCCUUGGUACUUUGAUCAACCACAACUGUCCGUCUGAUAAGAAGAACUGUUGGUUGCCACAUGUCAUGGAGAUCUUUGCCCUCUUCAUGCUCUGUGGUCUUUUCCUCACCUACUUCAUCCCAGAGACCAAGAGAAAGACCUUGGAAGAGAUCUCUGAGGAAGUCCACGGCGAGGUUGAUCCAUCAAAGCUCGCUCUUCAACAACGUGCGUAUGACAACACCUCCAGUGCCGACGACAAGAUGGUCUAAGUUCAUCGAGUGCCAUUGAAAUAGAGUGUGUUUGCAGCAAACGAGCACAG